UGACACCAACAAUCGACGGGAAGCGGGAAACCGUAAAUAUUUUUAUCGUAAUAAACUUAUUUUCUAAGAUAAACGUGUAAAUUUAACAGUGAAUAUGACAUCUGAACUAUCUGAAAAUGUGCGGCAAGUAUUAACGAAGCUGGUGCCAGCAUCAGUUUUAAGCGAAACAAGUUGUUUUGUUCUCUACGAUGAACAUCCAAGUGAUAACAAAAACAUCGAUGUAACGAUAUGUACAAAAAGGGGUGAAGUUAAAGAAUAUUACCGAAGAGAUUUGAUAUGUUCAAUAAAACUGCCAGAUAUUCUCAAUCCUACAGAAAUUAAGAUAAUCAGAAAUACGGAAUGUGAACUUUUUUACUUGGUAGUGGCAAGAGAAACAGUAACUAUUCUGUCUAGGAAGGACAAACUUUUUAUUCACCAAAGAGUUUCAAAUGUGGCCAGGUACGAUAUAAGUGAUAUUACUUGCAGUGGGCAGGCAAGUUUGAGAGUAUUUUGUAUUGGAGAUGCAGUACCACUAACCUUUGAUGAUAAUUUUGAGAACUAUAAGUGUCCUGAUGUAUCAAUGGCAAUUUCUGAUGAGCAAAACGAUGACACAUUGCCAUUAAUAAACCAUUUGAAAAGAAAAUUAAUUGAAGCAAAGUACAGUGUAAAAUUUAAUGAGAAAACAUACAAAGACUUUUUGGAUUUACAUCAAUCUGUGGCAUUUUCUACUUAUAAGAAGAUACAUCCUACUUUGGAUGAUUCUGUAUUCAAAAGUGGCACAAACGAGAUAGCAAGCGCACUAAGAAUCAACACACAGACUCCCUGGAUUAAAGUUUGCAAUAAGAAGGUGGUUAUAGUUUUAAAUGUAUGCAAUUUAAACAAUGAAAACCUCGAAGAUGUUCACAUGCUUAUCCAUGGUCAAACCGGCAUAAACGAAAGCACCUCAAAAAAUAUCCUGCACUCAAUUGAAUACACUACCAAAAUAUUCCAAAAGUCUACCACCUCACCUUUUUGGGAAGAAAGAAGGUCACAAACAAUUAAAAAGAAUAUAGAUUCUGCUAUUGUUGUAACAAUAGAUUUAGAGGAAUUAAAAAAUUCCAUUGUAAGCAGGAUUGAGUUCAAUGGUAUCAUAUUUUAUAAAAAAAAUGGAAAGGAAUUCCUUCUGCCUAUUGAAGAUGUGUAUUUAUCCUCUUUGGAUACAAUGGGGGAGGAGUUUGAUGUAUUUUCUAGUGUGCCUAUGGACUCAAACACCUUGCUAGCAAUACUGGCCACUACCACAAAAACGGAUCUCAUAGCAAGGCAUAUAAAGAAAGACAAUGAUGAACCUUUGUCUCUGGAUGUGUUCUGUAAAUAUUUGAAAAUGGAACAAGUGCUUCACUGUGAAAAUGUUGCUAUUCAUAGAAAGUCCCCUUACCAUGUACUGAAUGGAUUAAUGCUGGUUAUAAACAAUGGGCUAGUAAAUGGAAAUGAAGCCCUGACUUUAACUGUAUUUUCAAGGACUCCCUCUCAAGUGUUGGCUUUCAUACACUACAUACAAGACGCCAUCCCUUUAACAAUAGUCAUCACCACCCCUAACUAUAAAAUAACAGCCAAAGACAACAAACUAUCACACUAUAAUGAAGAUAUUACAGAAAAUACUCAACUCUUAUCCAAUUAUCAGGACUAUGGAACUUCAAUAUUGAAUCGGUCAAAAUUAGUACUUAAAUAUUUGGACCAAUGUAUGAUGAAGAUGGGUGAGUCCAAAGACACAGUUGUUCAAAGUAAAAUAGGUAGUGAAAUAGACCUCUUUGCUGCCGGACAGAGCUGUUAUAUGGAUUUUAAAAAUAGAAUGAGGCAAGAAGCUGCCAGUGUUAAAUUGUUGAAUGAUGAUGUGCAAGAUAGUCCUGAUAGUGAUGUCAUGUGUAUUGAUUGAAAAAGUGUUGGACAAUACAUAAAUGGCGUUUAAUAGGUUCAUGAUGGGUUUACACGAUAUGGUUUGUACAAAUAUCUGUACAAACUUAAAGUCAAGAACAUUGUGCGGACUUAUUAUUGGCUCAAACUUUUAUAUGCACCGAUUUCUUGCGCAGAAAAAAAUAUACGAGUAGUCUGCGUGGACCCACCAUAAGUCUACAACCCUCAGUAGUAUUAAAUAAAAUCUGUGAUAAAAUGCGACAGCUACAUAAUUAUCUGAAUCUGUUAGAGAGGUAAGUACUAAAUGAUGUGCCAUUAAAAAUUUUAGAUCUUGGUU